UUGAGCAGCACUUUUUUUAAAAUCCAAACUAUUUUCACGAAUUUGCGUCUGUCUACAACACCCUCAGACUUAAGAAAACUAGAAAUUGUAUUCAUGCUUGUAUCGUUGAGGAACAUAACUAUGUGAAUAGUUCGAGCCAAUUUCCUUAUUCUAUUAAAAAAAAAUACCGGAAACGGGGACCUGAUCAGUCUGAUUUUUUUUAUGAAUAGAGAGGGACAGGGAUAAAGAGAGAGAGAGAGAUUAUUUUUACGUUUAUAAUUUGCCAUUGGCUCAUGGGAACGUAAACAUGGGUCGUGUUCCCGAACAGAUUGAGCCCGCUGUCCUGGUUUUCUAUCGGCUGCCACCUGGUGGUGGUCUCGGUGUACUCGCGACGUGCCACGUGGCUCUCGUCAACACAAGGAGCGGACGCGGAGGCGGACGCGCAUGUGCAGGGAUUGCAACUCGCAACACGCAAGGCAGGGCGGGGGCAGAGCGAGACACGGAGAAGCUGACAACUCGGAGCCGAGCGACCCCCGAGCGGUUCUCGUCGUUUGGGGUCAGGCGCCCCCCCCCCCCCUCGUCACAAUGUUAACGGAGGGGAUUCUGGAGGACGACUUGGACAAGAUCGGAACUUCGUGCUGCGCUCAACGGGACCUCGAGCACGAUCUCCACUUGGCCGCUGAGCUCGGCAAAACGCUGCUGGACCGCAACCGCGAGCUGGAGCAGGCGCUGCAGCAGAUGUACAACAGCAACCAGGAGCAGCUGCUAGAAAUCGAGUAUCUAGCCAAGCAGGUGGAGCUGCUGCGUCACAUGAACGACCAGCACGCCAAAGUUUACGAGCAGCUGGACCUUUCCACCAGGGAUCUGGACCGGGGGAACAAGAGACUCGUGCAGGACCAACGCUUGGCUCAGAACAAGAUCAACAGUCUGACCGAGUCCAUAGACGGCCUUCAAACGCAUGUGGAAGAUCUGGAGAAGCAGCUGGAGGUGCUGGUGUCCUCCCGGUCAGAGCGCAACAAACAAGAGCAGCGACGCAACCUCGCCGCACAGAGCGUUUCCUGUCUGAAAGAACUCUACGACUUGCACCAUGACGGGCGACAAACGGAGGGAUUGCGGUCCGUCCGCUAUCGAGAUCGUCGGCAAAACCCAGAAGACGAGCACGAGACCCUUCUCCGCUCGGUCGACGCUCUCCGGGGUCAGCUGGCGGCCGAGAAGACCCGUCGCGAAGCGGCGGAGCGCGACGGCGAGCUCGCGGCCGAAGACGGGAGAGGCCUGGAGCGGAGGCUCCACCUGCUGGCGGGUUGCCGGGCCAGGCGGGCGGAACUGGAGGUCCAAGUGGAGCAGCUGAGGCUCCUGUGGCGCGCCGAAUGUGCCAGCAGGAAGCCAGCCCAGCUACUCCUUCCCGACACCGUGUUCUUCACCUCAGAAAAUCAACCCCAAGAGGGCAACGGCGAGUCGGAGGACGACCGGGGGUCCCACCGCCGGCGGCGGAGGCGCAACAGCGACGGCUACGUGAACGCGUCCGACCAUCACGACAGGAUGUGCGCCAGGCGAGCGGCUGUGGUCAAGGCGAGGGGCAUCUCGCUGCUCAACGAGGUGGAUGCGCAGUACCGCGCUCUGCAGGUCAAGUACGACGAGCUGCUUCAGAGGUGUCAGCGGCCGACCGGGGGCCUCACCCACAAGUCGGUCCAGACGUCGCGCGGCGCUCAAGCCGCAGAGUCGGCGAGCGCGCCGUCGCAUGAGCCCGAGUACAAAGUCCUCUUCAAGGAGAUCUUCACCUGCAUCCAGAAGACCAAAGACGACGUGCACGAGAGGCGACUCGUCAGGGACGCGUCGGCCGUGUGAUCGUAUCGCUCGGCGUCCUCGUUGUUCUUUGGGUCUUUCGUUUUCGGACUCUCGGGGGGGCCUUCGGGCUUUUGUCACACGUGGACGGGGGCGCUUUAGUCAGUCAGCACUGAUAAAUAUAUUUUUUUGUUUGUUUAUUUUAUUUUUUGCUUCCUCAAUUACUUGAAAUAUUAACAAGUAUUGGGGGGGAAAAAAGACAUUUAGAUCAGGGGGUAUAUGAUGCAAAAAGUUCAUUAUUAUGUAUUUUGAGAAUUUGUUUUGGUGCUUUUUAAAACCAGUGAGAUUUUAUUUGAUUUUUAUGUCUCGAGAUCAAAAGUAUUCCAACGUGUCGCUCACCCACUCGAUUGUAGUUUUAAUUUUGUACUUUUUCUACAGUGAAACACUUUGGGAGGAGGCAAGAUGAGCGCGUUGCACUUUUAUUUUUGGACUAAGUUUAUUUAUUUAUA